GCUUCAAAAGCUUUGGAAGGAGCUACCCAGGGAGAGCUAGAGAACUUCCUUGGGAGGAGGGCGGGGGAUCUCUGAGAGAGGAAGAGGGAGCGAGAGAGCGAUCAGGAUUCCCCCAAACCUCUUUCAGCUCCGCGCGUUUUCCCAAGUGGACACCCCGCCUCGCCGCUGCGGCUGCUGCGGGCGGUCGCUCGUGACAUCUCGCUUGCAGAGGUGCAAGAGCCGCUGGAGAAGCGAAGCUCGGAAGAAAACCCCCGAGUCUUGGAGGCAAAAAGAGACUCUCUCCACUUCUCCUCGCACACUGGGCAACUUGCUGCUGACUUAGAGCUAACAACAACCGCAGAAAAAGAAAAACAAUCUAGCUUCCCUCUUGCUGUCUUCCCUAUCGGGGUGUUUGUGUGUUUUCUGCCUGUCUGUCUUUCUGCCUGCCUGUGUGUUUGUUUAAUCCAUCAUCUUUACCUGCAGACUGCAGUUGGCAGAUCCGCAGCCUCUCUCACCGGCAGCCGUGUCCGUCCAUCCGUGUGUCUGUCUGUCUGUCUCUCCGGGGGUACCGUUUGCUCGCUCCCCCGCUGCCAGCAUCCAUGCCCCUCUCUCCCCCGCAGCAGCCUCCCUCUAGCAGGCUGCCACCUGCUCUCACCCUCCUUCCCUUGCUGCUGCUCCUGCUGCUGCUUCCCAAUGCCUGGGCUCUGUCCAUGCAGGACAGAGGCUACCAGGAGGUGGUGCCUGUCUGGAUGGCAGCUCCCUCGGCCAGCGGAGGGCAGGUUUCCUUCACCAUCGCUGCCUUUGGGAGAGAGUUUCUGCUGCAGUUGGAGCCCGAUGCCAGCUUCUUAGCACCCGGGCUGAAGAUCCAGCAUGUUGGAAGCAAGGUGCCUGCUGGCUUCCUUUCCGAGGAGGAGGAGGAGAAGGACGUGAGGCUACGGAGAUGCUUCUACUCGGGGACUGUGAACUUGCAGCCAGACUCCCUGGUGGCUGUCAGCUUGUGCCAGGGCAUCCAUGGCUCCUUCUUGGUGGAUGGAGAUGAGUAUGUCAUCCAGCCCCAAGGCCACCAGAGUGGGGACCCUCUGCUGCAGGUCCACCAACUCCAGAAGAGGGGGUGGUCAAGAGAAGACUCCGGGGACAUUCCAGAAAGGGAUGCCCCAGCAGAACCAAACAGCACCCCUGGGAGAACCAAGCGCUUCACCUCUCAGGCGCGCUAUGUGGAGACCUUGCUGGUAGCCGACACGUCCAUGGUCCGGUUCUACGGGGGUGACCUGACGAAUCACAUCCUCACCUUGAUGUCUGUGGCUGCUCAGAUCUAUAAGCACCCCAGCCUGAAGAACUCCAUCAACCUGGUAGUCGUGAAGGUGUUGGUAGUGGAAGAUGAAAAGGCUGGGCCAGAAGUGUCCGACAACGGAGGGCUCAUGCUAAGGAACUUCUGCAACUGGCAGCAGCGCUUCAACCCCCCAAGCGACCGGCACUCGGAGCACUAUGACACGGCGAUCCUGCUGACGAGACAGGAUUUCUGUGGACACCAGAGCUGCAGUACGCUUGGGGUGGCUGAGACAGGCACCAUGUGUGACCGAAACAAAAGCUGUUCGGUGAUAGAAGAUGAAGGUCUGCAGGCAGCCUACACCUUGGCCCAUGAACUAGGGCACGUGCUCAGCAUGCCCCACGAUGAUUCCAAGACCUGCGAGAGGCUCUUCGGGGCCUUAGGAAAGCACCACAUGAUGGCUCCUUUGUUCAUCCACUUGAACAAGACGCUGCCUUGGUCCCCUUGCAGUGCCAUGUACAUCACGGAAUUCCUGGAUGGAGGACAUGGAGAUUGUCUGCUUGAUGAACCGGCUGACUCCAUCCCCCUCCCCACAGACCUUCCAGGCCAAAUGCCCUUGUACAGCUUGGAUCAUCAAUGCCAGCAGAUAUUUGGCAAAGAGUUCCGGCACUGCCCAAAUGCCACAGAGAAAGACGUCUGCUCCCAACUGUGGUGCAAGUUGGAGGCAGGGGAACGCUUGUGCCACACCAAAAAUGGCAGCUUGCCCUGGGCGGAUGGGACACCUUGUGGGAUGGGGAAGAUCUGUUUGGACGGCCAGUGCAUGGCACAGGAACAAGUGAUGGCCAAGACUGCUGUGGAUGGAAGCUGGGGGCCCUGGAGCUCCUGGGGACCAUGCUCCAGAACGUGUGAUGGAGGCGUGCGCUUCUCCUUCAGAGCCUGUGACAACCCCCUGCCUAAGAACGGAGGCAAAUACUGCGAGGGCCAACGGGUUCAGUACGAGUCGUGCCACACUGAGGAAUGCCCACCUAAUGACAGGAGUUUUCGAGAGCAACAGUGUGAAAAGUAUGACAGGUACAACUUCACAGACCUGAACGGAAAUCUGCUGGAGUGGGUUCCCAUGUACGCAGGAGUGUCACCUCGAGAUCGUUGCAAACUGAUCUGCCGGGCUAAAAGGGGGAAUGAAUUCAAAGUGUUUGAGACCAAAGUGAUUGACGGGACCCUCUGUGCCCCUGACACCCUCUCGGUCUGCGUACAUGGUCAAUGCUUCAAGGCUGGCUGUGACCACAUCAUUGGGUCACCCAAGAAGUUUGACAAGUGUGGGGUUUGCGGUGGCAAUGGCUCAACCUGCAGGAAAAUAACUGGCUCGUUCAACAAGUCGAAGUUUGGAUAUAAUGACAUUAUCACAAUCCCUGCGGGAGCAACCAACAUCGAUGUCAAACAUAGCCGCCGGGGGGUGAGGCAUGAUGGAAAUUAUUUAGCCCUGAGAACACUGGAUGGCAAAUACCUCUUGAAUGGAAACUUCACCAUUUCAGCCACGGAGCAAGACAUUUUCGUGAAAGGAAGCGUGCUGAGGUACAGCGGUUCCCUUACCACACUGGAACGCCUCCAGGGUUACCAGCAGCUUCCCGAACCCCUUAUUGUCCAGGUGCUGAACGUUUCCAAAGAGGCUGAUAUGUAUCUCAAGGUGAGAUACACAUUCUUUAUCCCCAAGGACAUCCACUUCAGCAAGCAGAAGAGCAAGGAGAAGAGCUUGGCCAACGUCAUUAGGCCCAUGCUGACAUCACGGUGGGUUCUAGGAGACUGGUCCAAGUGCUCCAAAUCCUGUGGCUCCGGCUGGCAGAGACGAACAGUGGAGUGCCUGGACACAGAAGGGCAGCUCUCACCAACCUGCGACAGGGCUGUCAGGCCGGAGGACAUCAAGCCCUGCAACUACCUCCCGUGUCCCAUUUGGCAGAUGGGGCCUUGGUCUCCUUGUUCGCAAACGUGCGGAGAGGGAACACGGACACGAAGCGCAGUGUGUGUUGACUAUGCAGGGAAAUCCGUUGCCUCAGAGAAGUGCGGUCCGGCACAACCCGUGUCAGCAGCUAGUGCCUGCGUGCUCCAGGAGUGCUGAGGCAUUCGCGAGGGCUGGCACGGCACGUGAUCUGAGGCAUGUGGAACAUGGGCUAACGACUAACCUAACCCGAACCAGGCCUGGUAUGGUCAAGUGAGGAUGUAGGUUUUAAAUGCAAAUGUGCACUAGUUGACCUGAACAGGCUCCACCUGAUAGACCUUUGCAAGAUUAGGAGGCAUUGGAUACCAACCCCUCUGUUGCUGUUUUUUCCUGUUUUGUCUUCCUCCAAAUUGACAUCUACCUCAGUGGAGAAAAAAUAGCAAGGGAUCUUUGACUAAUAUGACUUUUUUUUUUUUGACAAGUCAAUAUUUAACAUCCAGGAGAAACAUAAGCUAGGCUGCUCCCAGAUAUGAUCUGAAUCUCACCCUCUUUCACCAAGCUUCUUUGUGAGCCUUACUUUAAAGACAUCACCUAGGAAUCCACUACUCUUCAGAUGCAAAGAUAACUCCUAUGGAUUUCACUAGUCUCACAUCUCCAGUAAUUGGACCUAUAGCAAUCUGUUGAGCACCUGCAAGCCAGGCCUUCAUUGUGUAUCUUAGUCUUUUAGUAUGAUGAAGAAAGCCACUGCAACCCUCUCCGACAAUGACAGUCAUGUCUCCUAGACAGUCAGUAGGAUUUCUCUGACUCUCCAACACUUGCCUCCAUUUAACCAGCUGCUAAACAGACACAAACCUGUUCCACAAGCUGCUGUCAGGAUUAGGUGAAGGUGUAUAUAAUACUUCAGAGAGAAACAUGAGAACUUCCUUCUUACUAUGUUUUAUUAACUCUGCCGCUGACAGGUACUCCAUGAGACCUCAGUCAAAGUUCUGGCACCUUCCUUCUUGGUAAUGCAGUAGGCAUAGGAAAUAGCUGCACCAUGUUGCCAUUUAAUUCCCACCUCGCAGUUCCUAGAAAUUCAAAAUGGCAGGCAUGCUCCAUCCUUCUCUUUGUAAGAGCUGCCAUUUUAGAAGAUUAGCUAGCUAGUGGGCAGAUAGGGCAUGAUAUCAGGGAAAUUUAAAAAACAUAUAGAGGUUACAUCAUAUACAUGGAGGAUGCAACACUAUCGCCUUCCCAGUUUUAGGGGUGGAGACAUGACUGAUCCCCCCAUAGUAUUUGGAAAAUAAUCACAGAACUAGUAAGUGCGCUCAAGAACUUACUUUUUGUGCCUUCAAAUGGUUGCUGGAUGAUAAUGACACCAAGCAAUGAUGUUGUUUCAAAAUAAAAACCUUUUCCUAUUUGGAGCUGGGUUUGGUAGAUCAGGAAAGGAGUUUAGCAAACAAUCAAGAGUCUACAAGAAACUUUGAGAACUGACAGAGACUCACUGCUCAGAAAGAUUUGGGUGCCUUUAAUCUGUUGCAUAAUGCAACCUAAGAAAGGAAUCUUGGCCACCUUUUUCCUCCUGGCUUGGGUUGAACACAGUUUAGCAUUUCCUUAUCCAUAGAAACCCUUUGUUGUUUCCAGUCCUUUAGGUAUUUGUCAGUUAUAUGUUGAGAUAAAGAUAUUAUUCAGAAAAAGACAUGAGAACUUUAUCGCCAAUUACUUUACUUACUUAGGAACAGUUGGCCCAGUUUCAGUAUGUAUAAUAAUAUGGUUGCGUCCAUACUUACCCUUAUUGCUCCAAUACCCGGCCCCGCCGCUGGCUUGUUUUACUUAUGGAUUUGAAUUAAAUGAUUCAUGUCUAGCUUUCGGAUUAAGGGGAGCCAAGGACUCAUACACAUGAAACAGGGAAUUGGAGAGUAAAUAUCACAUUACCACUAUUGUACCA